AUGGCUAUUCUGGACAUGUCGAGAUGGUGGACAUCAUCUUCGGGGUACAUACCGCUUCGCCAGAACUCGCUCACCGACACGAGGUCUGAGGGACUACUCUCUGCCAUGGCCGAGCAUUCGACCAAGGUGGCGGCAGACCAUGACCUCGAGUCGGGCUCACCCACACCCGUUUCAGCCUUCAAGUACAUUGCGACCGGCAAGCGGCGACGACCCCUUAUGCUUACAGCCCUUGCGGGUGUGUUAUGCUUUUCGACCACGGCCCUUGCAGCUUUCUACACCUACAACCGUGUCAUGCCCGAUUUGCCUGUCGAUGUGGAAGGCGACACAAAGUGGGAGUCUAUCGACUUGCCAGAUGAAGUCCCACCCCAGGCAACACAGUCGGGCGCAGUCGUGAUAGCAAACGACCCGACCCAUGUACUCGUGCCCGUCACGGACCUACCGGCGCCACCCCCACUUCUCCUGCCGCUGGACACCCGCCCUCCACUCGACGUGUUGGUACACUACUACGAGACUGGCGAGCUUCUCAACGCCGUCGACAGUGACACGCACCCAUCGCCGCGGGUCGAUCUCGUGUACAUGUGGGUGAACGCCUCGGACCCCUUCUUCGGUCCUGCAAGGGCAGCAAAGGUAAAGGAAGAGGCAAUCCCGAACCUCAAGGGCACUGAACGUCAUUACCGCGACAACGGCGAGCUCCGUGGCGCUGUUCGCUCAGGUGCCCUCGCCCUCGGCAACCGUGUCAACCAGAUUCACCUCGUGUCAGCUGCGUUCAGCACGGAUGACGCGCCAUCAGACGUCAUCCCCACGCCCCCCGAGGGCGCGACUGGCUUCCGCAUUGGACAAGUUCCCGAGUGGCUCGACUGGCAGAACAAGGGCAACCUCCAGUGGCACUUCCAGCCAGAGAUCUUCCGUCUGCCGCGCGACACCAACGGUGCCGUCCCUCCUUCCAUUCUCGACAUUAACGAGGAAGAGUGGCGUGCCCUCUCUCUGCCGACGUUCAACAGUUUCCAGAUUGAGAACCGCCUCGCAUUCAUCCAGGGCCUGGGCGAGCAGCUUGUCGUCUCCAACGACGACAUGUUCAUGCUCCGUCACAUGGCGACGACCGAUUAUCACCACCCCAUCCUUGGCAUGAUUACCCGCCUCGACCCAGGUACCACGGUCAAGCCGGUCAUCGCGUCAAACCUCCUCUCGCACAGCGGCGAGUGGGGAGGUCUCCAGCACGCCAACUUCCUCAUCUCUCAGCGCUUCCCCUCCCGCACACGCCAGUACAUGCACCACCUCCCCAAGUCACUUACCCGUUCCCUUAUGCACGAGGCCCAGGUCAUGUUCGCCAAGCAGCUCACCCUGGCGUCGACCCGCACAUUCCGCGAGUCCCGCCGCGGCGUCGGCGAUAUCGAGAUGGCAUGGCUGGUCACCCACCUCCAGAUCGAGCGCUGGCGUGAGGGUCUGCUCUGGACAUGGGCCGUCGCCCGUGUCGGUGGCCUGGACGGCAAGUGGGGUGCGGACGCCCGCGCCGAGAUGCGUGCCGCCCUUGGCUUUGACGAAGACUGGAGUUCUGCCACGUCCACGACUGUGUCUGGCCAGGUCACCAUCGACCACAUCAUCCGCUCGACUCUCAAGGACGCCCCCAAGUUGACUCAGAAGGGAGGAUGGGAGGAGCCCAAGGCCACCACUUACCUUUGGUCAUCCUUUGACGGUCAUCUCCCCGUCAACCCUCCUUCGUCCCCGGAGGAGAUCGAGGAGAUUGAGAAGGCUGCCAAGGGACGCAAGGGCAAGCUGGCGCAGUUUGCCCAGAAGCUCCUUGGCCCACCUACGCAGUGCAACUUUGACAUUUCCGAGUGUCUCCCCGACGAGUUUUUCAGCUCGGACACCGAGUACGAUGCCACAGAGAUUUUCAAGACGAUCGCGUUCGCCAAGCCCCAGUGCGGCGACUGUCUCAUUGGCGCCCUCGUCAACAAGUCUGGCAAGCGCGGUCUCUCGGCCUUCCUCCCUUCCAAGGACGUCAACUUCCGCCCCCCAGCGCGCGAGGCUCAGAUGUGGGACCGCCCCGAGCCCAUGCUUCCCCUGGUCGACAAGUGGGAGGAUGCCGACUUUUCCCUCGCGAACAACGUCCGUCUCGGCCAGGACAUCUGGAAGGGUGUCGAGCCAUCGGCCGACGACGAGGUCAACCUGCGCAACUGGUCUGUCAAGCUCCUGUCGCGCUACAGCUACGUGUACUCGACCACUCCUGCUCGCUUCGCCAUGGUCCACUCGGUCCUCCAGCUACACAAGGCUCUCAAGGAGGUCGACAACACCCCUGAGCUCGCGCUCCUGUGUGUCAACGAUGACCAGCCCGAUGUCGCACGUAACUCUGAGAAGGGCGUGUUCCAGGCCUGGAUGAAGAAGACGCUGGGUGGCGCGAGUCGGUAUGUCCGCUGGGAGAACAACGAGGCGUGGAACGAGCCGAGCAAGGAGUGA